AUGGCAGCGUCGUUAAGGCUUGGUGCCGUCGCUUUUCCGGCAGCGAGCGGCACCCUUGCCGCGAUAUUCGCCAGGCAGCAAUCUAACGCAGCUGCCGGUAGCAGCUCUAGCUGGGAACAACUCAAAAACGAUGGCGUGCGGGUGAACCCUUGCCAGAGCCCACACCAUCCCGCAGCAAUUGAAGGUGUUGUGGAGCUGGAAGGAGAGGAGCUCUCUGUGCAGGAAGCUUACAAUCCCGACUCUCGGUGCUUUGGAUGCGGACAUGCUCACCCCGACGGUCUCCACGUCCAGUCUCGGCGUAUUCCCGGGGAGGGCCUCGGCCGGCUGGCGGCCAACAUCUCAUUCGACGCCAAAUACUGCGCCUUUCCCGGCAUCAUCAACGGGGGGGUGCUCACAACCGCCAUGGACUGCCAUGGUAAGGUGCUUGCGGGACUAGGCCUCGGUGCCUCGGAGGGAGCGGGGGAAAGAGCUAGAGGGGGAGUUUGGGGGGCGGAUGAAGCGCUUGUUCGAGUACUCGGCAUUAAGGAAAACACGAGCGGGGGUCCCCCCCGGGCGACUGUGGAGGUUGAGGUGGUGGUGGUGCAACCUGAGCAGGGACCGCAGGGGGAGGAGGAGCGAGUGCUUGCGGUUGGCACUGGGAUUUACAAGCGGCUAGGGGCGCUGCGGUCCUUGUAA